AUGGUCAAGGUAGUAGUGGAAGGAUGCUGCCACGGCGACCUUGAUGAAAUCUAUGCCAAUGUGCCCUCCCUGGCAGAGUUGCUCAUCAUCUGUGGAGAUUUCGAGGCGCUCCGCAACUCGGCUGAUCUCGAAACCAUGAGCGUUCCAAGAAAGUACUUGAAAAUGGGGGAUUUCCACAGAUACUACUCUGGGGAGAAAAAGGCUCCAGUUUUAACAGUAUUCAUUGGUGGGAACCAUGAGUGCCUGCUGUACUUGCGUGAGCUUCAGUAUGGAGGCUGGGUGGCCCCUAACAUUUACUACUUGGGCCAUUAUGGUGUUGUGUGGUUCAAGGGACUUCGAAUCAGCGGUAUAAGCGGAAUAUGGAACUACCACUCGUUCAUCAGUGCCAUGUCAAAGAAGAAUGCUCCGACUUAUGCCCUCCCGUAUUCAGACCAGACAAUCAAGUCCGUUUAUCAUGUUGUGCCCAAAAACUACCUCAAGCUUCUAUUGAGCCUGACUAGCGAUAUUGUUGUGUCUCACGAUUGGCCACAGUACAUCUGGAAAUGGGGUAACUGUGCCCAACUACUUCGGCAUAAACCAUUCUUCCGUAAGGACAUGGAUUCGGGACGCCUAGGCUCACCUCUUGCCAGAAAUGCAUUGGGCAGAUUGAAGCCACGUUAUUGGUUCUCUCUGCAUUUACACACCCGCUUCGUGGCAAAUGUGAAACAUGCCGAGGAAUUUGGAGUUGACGAAGAGGCAUACUUGAAGAAAAAAGUUGACGGAGAUCAUUCUCGUGAAACCCCGCCUGAAAAGUCUGGAGAGAUCAUGCUAGAUAUGGACGAAGAAGUAUCCUGCGAUAAAUCUACCGGGUCAGAAGUCCAGCCCACGUUAAAAGAAGCCUCUAACGAAAUCACACUAGAUAUUGAAGAAAAUCUGUCAGAAAUUAAAAUAGACAUGGAUGAAAAUUUAGACCGCCUGUCUGAAACCAAGUCAGAUACUAAUCCAGGUAGCGCAAAUCCAAAAUCUGCAGGCUCCUCUGAGAUUCUUCUAGAUUUGGACGAUAGCGUGGGUGCUCAACAAUCAAUGAACAAUUCUGUGAAGCGCCGAAAAAUUGCAAAAACAACACAUUUCUUGGCUCUCGACAAAUGCUUGCCUAGAAGGAAAUUUAUAGAGGUUUUAGACAUCGAUCCGUUGACAGAAAACUCUAUCUACCAUGAUUCUGGCUUAUAUCAUGAUGCCAGGAGCAUCGCUGUCAACAAGGUCGUGGAAGAUUUUGUGAGUACAAAUUUCUCCGUAUGGUCUUCUAUCAAUCCACAUGAUCUUUUACAUCUUGAUCGCAUCAAAGGUCUUAUCAAUGAACUUGAAGAGAGUAUCUCUCGCGAGAUACCGAGAAUCGAAAAACUUGACCUUAAGGUACCUUCCAACUUCCAGAAGUGUGCGCCAGAUAAUUCCCAAAAAGACGUUUCGUUGCAAUACUGGACAAAUAACCCAAACCUCAGACUACUGUAA